UGACUUGGGGGAGUAUACUGCCACUUAAUUAAUUUACAUUAAUAUGUCAGUGAAUUUUUUAUUUAUUUUAUGGUUAGAAAGACUUUGAACAUACCUUGUAGUAAGAAAUACGUUUAACGGACUCCGUGUGCUCCGUCCAUUAGGGAAACUCAUCACAGGACUGAAAACAUUAACAUGUAUAAGCCGUGUGUGUGAACACACAAACAUUUCUUGUAAUAAUUCAUGAACAACCGUUAAACGUUUGUGAUUAUCUUUGUUUUUAUAUUUGUUACCGUUACACAGCCGCCCCUUUAAGACGAAGCCACGUGACCUGGUCGGCGAGACGUCAGACCCGGAAGAGAAGCGCCUAUCGUUGCAAUGUUUUCAUGGAUGUUCUGUUUUCAGUAGAAAUGGAUAUUUUUAGCUGGUACAAUUACGCCAGCUGGACUAUGAAAUGGACCAUAUGUCCUCAGCGGGAGAAGAAGCAAUCCAAUUUCCUCUCGUAUACAGGAAUCUACAGUAACUGACACUCAGGCUAAGUUAAUUUGUAGUAAAAAUAAGUAGGUUGACUCUUUCUUGUAAAGUGGAGUCCCCGCCAUAAUCUUGUGGAUGUUUUGGAGUCAUGCUUCACUGAUGAUUUUGCAGUUUCGUAAUACAAGACGGGCACAUGUGUAACAAUUCAUCUCCUGGACUGAGCUAACAGUCGUUUGACUUGAUGACCAUGAUGGCCUUUGGAGCAAGGGCAGUUCUUCUCAACCUGAGAUACACUUUCAGUAAAGCAAGCUCCUUUGCCAGAGUCAGACUUAUCCAGAACUCCAGGACAUGUUUUGUUAAAAGAGGGAGGAUUUUAUCCCAGAUACCCAAGGUUACACUGCUAUGUUGGGGUGCAGUGAAUGCAAGUUCAUGUGCAGUUAGGUGCCAGGAAGCCACUCUUCCAACCCUGAAUGCUGACAGAAAGUCUUUAGCCAAGGUCCAAGUGCACAAAGUCAUAUUUUUCCUUCGCCUCAGCCUCCGUGCAUUAGUUCUAUUCCUCAAAUUUGGCCCCCUUCUCCUUCUCUCCCCCUUGGCUCUGAUGUCCACACGCUGGGCGUCUCGCUGGCUGGACGCUCUGCUGUGGGUGACUGAGAAUUCUGGUCCGGCUUUCAUCAAGCUGGGGCAGUGGGCCAGCACCAGACGUGACAUCUUCUCUCAAGAGUUUUGUGAACGCUUCUCCAGACUCCAUGUCAAGGUACGCCCCCACUCCUGGGCCCACACCAAGCAGUGUCUCCAGAGGGCCUUUGGGGAAGGCUGGAGGAAGGUUUUAGUCUUUGAGAGCAAAGAGCCGGUGGGUUCGGGAUGUGUGGCCCAGGUGUACAGAGGAUGGGCCAAGGCAGACCAGGUGGAGGACCCAGACUUCCAAUUGCUGGUGGAGGAAAUGGAGAGAGAAGAUUUGCUAGAAGCCUGGGAGAUCCCUGGUUUUAGAGGAAUGGUCAGAUCUCUGUGGCAGCUCUGGAGGGGGAGUAGUGAGGAGGAGGGCUAUGAAGAGAGAAGCUACCCAGCUGGUCAGCAUGAGGAGUGCAGCACAGAGAAGGAGCGUCUGAUACCUGUGGCUAUCAAGGUGGUUCAUCCAGGCAUCAGGAGGCAGGUGGAGAUAGACCUGUUGCUGAUGAAAGCCGGCAGUUGGCUUCUGCACUGCCUCCCUGGACUCAAAUGGCUCAGUCUGUAUGAGAUAGUGGAGGAGUUUGAGAAGCUCAUGACCAAACAGAUUGAUCUCCGCUUUGAGGCCAGGAACAUCGAGCAUUUCCGGGAUAAUUUCCGUGAUGUGGAUUAUGUCAAGUUCCCAACUCCCUUACGACCAUUUAUCACCAGGACAAUUUUAGUGGAAACUUUUGAAGAGAGCGAGCCUAUUUCUAACUACCUGAGCUCCGAGAUUCCUCAGAGUGUGAAGCAGAGAAUAGCCAGGAUGGGUGUAGACACCUUGCUGAAAAUGGUCUUUGUGGACAACUUCGUCCACGGGGACCUCCAUCCUGGGAACAUUCUGGUCCAGUGUCGGGGGCCUCUUGCUGAUUCCAGGGACAGUACUGGUAUCACAGGGGAGCCCCAGGGUAAGACCACCCUCACUGACUUGUGGGAUACGGUGGUUGUCAGUGUUAGACCAGACCCGUGUCCUCUCCAGUUGGUGUUGCUGGACGCCGGCAUCGUAGCAAAGCUCAGUGACCAUGACCUUGCAAACUUCAAGGCUGUCUUCACAGCCGUGGUGCUGCGGCAGGGUGAGCGAGUAGCAGAGUUGAUUUUGCAUCAUGCCCGAGCCAAUGAGUGCCAAGACGUGCCACAGUUUAAGAAGGAGAUGGCCCAGUUGGUGGACCAUGCCCUCAGUAAUACCCUCUCUCUGGGAAAGAUCCAAGUGGCUGACUUGCUCUCCAGAGUCUUUGGUCUGCUCAUCAAACACAAGGUGAAGCUGGAGAGUAAUUUUGCCUCAAUUGUGUUUGCCAUCAUGGUGCUGGAGGGUCUGGGCAGGUCACUCGAUCCGAACUUGGACAUCUUGGAUUUGGCCAAACCCCUGCUGCUAAAGAACUGUGCCUCACUGCUCUGAGACAUUCUCACAAACACACAUGACAGAUCAAGCACACUAUCUGUGCUUGAUCAGCUGUGUUGUGCACUCGUAGGUGCACACACAGGUAGUAAAUCCUAUACUGUAUUGUACAUCAAUAGAUACAGUAAAUGUGUAUAUCCUCCUAAUGCCAUGACGAUGGGUUGUCUUCAAGGUUACAAUGCAAGAUUCCACUGUGGAUCACAAGAUCACAGUCUCAUCACUACAUUUCAGCAAUGUUGAUGCCAUAAAUACCUCAGUGAGUUUUACAUUGGUGGGUAUUUCCACAUUCAUCACUGUUACUUUUGACUUGAAUUUUGUCAUCUUCUGUCUGGUUGAAGUAUGAACAUUUCACCCACUGAAAUGAACUUCAAGGUACCUCUAUCAGAGCCUAAUGAAUGACAGCGUGUACGCUUUACAUGAGGCACCACUUGUAGUUUAUUGAGUGCUAAUGGAUGAGUCAGACACAACGGCAGACACAGAUUUCAUCAGAGACCAUUUGUAGUGAUUUAAGAUGUAAAACAAAAUACUGCAAAACCCCUAGUUGAUACUUAAAAGCAUAUUUUUACUUUUUAAUGACUAAUAUUGAUCUCAGGAUGUCUAUCACUCCAUCUUUUAUUGCAUCUUAGAUAAUGUCUAAUGAGCCAUAUUUGCUUUAGUGUGAAUCACAAUGUACUGUAACAUUUGUUCUUACACACCACAUUGACAGUGAAGUCUUGUGAAGCUAAAUGUACUCACGACUGACCCAUGUCUAAUAACUUUCCAUCAAAAUAGUGGGAACACUUGAAUGAUACAUAUCAAUAAAAAAGGGACUCAAUGCUAA